AUACCUUAACCUAUAAAUAUGAGCUCCCAGCGCUCAGUUAUCUAACAGUUUUUCUUUUACUCCACUGGUGUUUAGAUCGCUAGUGAAGUAGUCAUCCACUACUAGUGAAAGUCAUCUUUUAAUUUUUUACUCUCCAUUAAUCUCUUUAAUAAAUCAAGUGAUAAGAGAAAGAAAGAGAGAGUGAAAAAAGGACUUUUGAUUAUUAAAACCCGAAAACAUUAUAACCAACAAAAAAAUUUGAACCGAAAAGAAAAUUCUGUAUUGUUUUUUAAUUUGUAUUUAAUUUUAUUGUCAACGUUUGGUGGAUCAAGAGUUGAUAGUUUAUAGUUAUUGUUUAAAGAAAAACUUUUAAUAUUCAAUAAAGCAGUCAACAGUGUGUUGAUAAGUGACUGCUUUUAUAAUAAAGAUAAUCCAUACCCGCGACCAACCCAUCGACCAAACAUAAUGUCUUCAUCAUCAGGUCAGCCGCGGCCCAACCGUUUGGCCGCCACUUUGGUGGACGAGGACAUAGUGAUCAGUGGUAUGGCCGGCCGAUUCCCAGAAUCCGACUCCACCGAUGAGUUUGCAAGUAAUCUAUAUAAUGGUGUCGAUAUGAUUACCGCCGAUAAUAGGAGAUGGCCUACAGAUUUAUUUUGUAUGAAUCCACGUAUGGGUAAACUCAAAGAUAUUGACAAAUUUGAUGGUCUUUUCUUCGGUAUUAUGAACACAAUGGCCGACGUGAUUGACCCGCAGUCACGUAUUGUGUUGGAGACCACUUACGAGUCCAUCAUUGACGCUGGUAUAAACCCGCAAUCGUUGCGCGGAUCAGAUACCGGUGUUUACAUUGGCUUUUCGUCGUUCGGAAUGCCCGACGGUCUGCCCGAAGACGUACAGCCGGACUCACAGACUCAUAUGACAGACACACUGCUAUGGCUUCCCGGCUCUCAAAAGUGUUUGUACGCCAAUCGCAUAUCAUUUGUGUUUGACUUUAAGGGUCCGUCGAUGAUCAUCGAUACGGCCUGUUCAUCGAGUUUAGUGGCAUUCAAUACGGCUAUGAAUGAUCUAAGACUUGGCAAAUGCCGACAGGCCAUAGUUGGCGGCACUCAAGUAUGUUUGCAGCCGUUCUCCAAUCAAAUUUUCCAGUCGACCCGUUUGAAUGCCAUCGACGGUAUACCCAAAGUAUGGGAUGAGUCGGCCGACGGGUUUGUCAGAGGAGAGACCAUUAGUUGUUUUUUAUUGCAACGACGGUCCGAUGCGAAACGAGUUUACGCCACUGUAUUGAACAGUGGYGUUAAUAUUGACGGCAAUAAACGGAUGGGUAUGUUCUUUCCGUCUGCCGAAAGUCAGGAGGAGCUCAUGAUCCAGGUUUACAAAGAGGCUAAUGUCGAUCCCAGAGAUGUCAACUAUUUUGAAGCUCACGCCACCGGCACUAAGGUCGGUGAUCCUCAAGAAGCUAAAGCUAUUUACAAUGCCUACUGCGGUAAACCCAAACGUCAGGGAACUCUGCCUAUUGGCCUAUUAAAGAGUAACAUCGGUCACGCCGAGGGCGCCUCUGGUGUCUCUUCGGUAACCAAAGUGUUGUUGGCCUAUGAAAAUGAAAUGAUUCCCAGAAAUCUUCAUUUAAAUAAUAUUAAGGGCAAUAUCAAAGAGUUUUGUCCACCUCUUUCACCUAUUGUUGAAAAUACCAAAUAUGCACCCGGCAUCGCUGGUGUUAACAACUUUGGUGUUGGCGGWGUAAACGCACACGUAUUACUUGAACCCAACUAUAAAGUGUCGGAUAAGGAUAGUCUGAAAAUUGCGGACACUAUUCCUAGAAUUGUUAAUAUCUGCUGCAGAACUGAACCGGCAUUAAAUGAUUUCUUCAAAUGGAUUGAAGACAAUCCACAGAAAGUCACUCAAGAUUUUUUGGCACUGAUAGCGGAAACAAUGAGAAUUGAGCCCUCUUUGAAUUCAAGCGGAAUGCCUUACAGAGGCUCAAUUAUCAUAAAACAAACAAAUGAUAACCAAUAUGAGUACAAAAAGUCUUCAGCAAUGUAUACAUUGAAGAAUAAGCGACCAAUUUAUUUCCUAUUCCCCGGACUGGGAGGACAAUGGGUAGGAAUGGCUAAGGCAUUGAUGCCAAUCAAGAUAUUUGCCGAUCGUAUUGAUGAAUGCCAUGAAAUACUAAAACCCCAUAACAUUGACUUAAAACAUCUUUUAUUAUCUGACGACAAGAAUUCCAUGUCUUCAAUGACUAACAAAUUCUGUGCCACAACUGCUAUAGAGAUAGCGUUAUGUGAUGUGAUUCACUCGUUGGGUAUAAYACCCGACGGAAUAAUUGGUCACUCAUUCGGUGAAAUAGCCGCUGCCUAUGCUGACGGAGCACUCACUGCUAAAGAGGCACUUUUGGUGACAUAUUAUAGAGGAGUUGUUACAGAAAGUGACAAAAAAAUACCAAAAGGAUUGAUGGCUGUGAUGGGCGUCUCGUGGAAUGAGGCGAAGAAAUUGUGUCCAAAGGGUACAAAUCCUGUCUGUAAUAAUGGCAAAGACACAGUUGUCGUGUCAGGUUUAUACAAUGAGACUAAACAAAUGGUUGAAGAAUUGAAUAAGAAGGGAGUGUUUGUUCGUGAACUGCAAAGUCAUGACAUCCCAUAUCAUAGCGAAUAUCUCAUUACAUCGGCCAAGAAGUUGACAGAAGAACUAAAGAAAGUGGUUCCCAAUCCUAAACCUCGAUCCAAGAAAUGGAUUUCGACAGCACUGUUGGAGACCGAUGUGGAUGACCAGCUCAAGUCAGCGUCAGCCGAGUAUUUCGUGCAUAACCUCAUUAGUCCCGUAUAUUUCUAUAACAAAUUCAAAUACUUGCCGAGCGAUUCAAUUAUUCUGGAGAUCGGACCGCACGGUCUGUUCAGUAAAGUAGUCAAAGAGACACUCGAGUCCGGCACUUAUGUGUCGAUGAUUAAGAAGGACUCUAACGAUACUAAUCUGGAAAUGUUGUUGAGCUCUGUGGCCAAACUGUAUGAAAUCGGUUUGAAUCCGCUAAUCGAAAACCUGUAUCCGAAGGUAGAGUGGCCAGUUUCCCGAAGUACCCAAUCGGUUAGUUCGCUAAUGAAAUGGGAUCACGAGACCACCAACACUGUCCGCAAAUUUCCCGAUAACUUUUUCCGCGCCUACGCGUCCGAUAUGAACGAAACGUAUAAUCCAAGUCAAAGUAUGAAAGCCUUUAUGCCGGAGCAUUGCGUCGACGGUAAUGUCUUAUAUCCGGCCACUGGUUAUCUAAUGCUUGCGUGGCGUCGUAUGGCCGCACAGUACGGCAAACUGUGGAAUCAAUUGCCGGUUAUUUUUGAAGACGUUCAGUUCCGGCGACCAAUUUUCUUGUCGGACACUGAUAUCACCAGAAUUAAAGUCAAAUAUCAUGACGUUUCGGGUGAGUUUGCUAUACUUGAGAGCGGAAACGUCACGUGUGUGGGCAAAGUCCGCACGACUGACGAAUACGCGCUGUCGUUGCAAAAUGUGAUGAUUGAAGCCGAAGAACUCCGAUCGAAGGACUUCGAGGUCAAUCUUACCUCUGCUGAUCUCUACAAGGAUUUGAAAAUCCUUGGCUACGAUUACGGACCGAAAUUCCGGAAGAUUCACACCAUGAAGACCAACAACUUUGAGCAUUUGUAUGGAGAGAUCCAUUGGGACGGCAAUUGGAUUACAUUUAUGGAUUCGCUGCUUCAAACAAUGGCCGCUUCGAUGUCGUUCAGAAAGUUGAUGGUACCGGUGAUGAUCAAGUCGUUGCGGUGCGACCCCAAAGCCCUUUAUGAGGGUAUCGCCGCCAACAAGAGAGCCGAAUAUAAAGGCGAACAGAUCUAUGACGAACAUAUGAAUGACGAUAAGAUCGACCAAAUCAUGUCAGUCGAUGGCAAGAAUGUUGAAGUCGAGGAAGAAGUAGAAGGCAUUUUGUCCACCAAUAGUGUCGACUAUAUUGAAGAACUUUUUGGCAAAGAGUUUCACGUUUAUCCAUCAAUUUUGCCAUACUUUGUUAAUAUGAACUCUCGUAUGAUUGUCACAUAUGGUGUGGAAAUCGAAGAUCUCAUGGCUUUUCCAAUACCCAGAAAGUCAAACGUUCAGGACUUGAAACUCGAGUCCUAUCAGUUUGUGCCCAAUGAAGACAGCAUUGCCAUCGAAGAGGCCAAUAGACAAUCUGUUAAAGAGUACAUAAAGGUGUGUUCAUCCAUGGCUAACAAAAUUACCGAAAUGGUUGAAUCAAAUGACAAUAAAGUGAACCACAAUAUCACCGAUGAUUUGGUGAACAAAUACCUGUCCGAACCAAAAGACAAUCACGUGUUGCUUAAAAUGCUAAACGACUUAUAUAAGGGAAGUUUGGAUGAGAACCGCAAUUUCGAUACCAAUGAAGUGUUGAGCGAAAUGCAGACCAAACCGGAGUACGAUUUAUCAAAGGAUAUAAUCAAUGAAGUGACCAAAAAUGAACACAUGAUUCGCGCCUUUGUCGACAUUGUCAGCGAAAGUAUUAUACCGAAGAAGGAGAUCAAAGUCGUUGAAAUCAAUUUGACAAACGGUUUGUUGGCUGAAGAAGUAGACAACCAGUUGGCCACAUCACACAUCUAUCCCAUUGAUGUUAACUAUACUAUUGCCGUGAAGUCGGUCGACUCGGUUGAUGAGUCAUUUAAGAAGCAGUCGUUUAAACUGAUUGAAUGGAACCACAAGAAGAAUGUCUUUCCAACAGAUAUUACUUCAACUAAUUUUGUGGUUAUGAGAGACUCGUUUGAUAUGUGGGAAGUGGACACAGAAAAUCAAUUGCAAGACAUGUACGAUGUCUUAUCUGACAAAGGAUUUCUCUUAAGUGUCUUUAGAUAUCAGUUAACUGAACCAGAGUUAGCAUUGAAUCAGAUGAACGGAAAGAAGAACUUGAAAAAUAGCGAUUUAGAGAAACGUAUCGUUAAUUUUGUAAAAACCGCGCAAUCAGUUGGCUUUAAUAUGAUUAGCCGUAAAUCCGAUACCAUCGGAACAGUGGCCAUAUUGUUCAGAAAACUAUUUUCUGAGCCAAAACUACCGAAAAAAGAUAAUAUUAUUGAAAUCAAUACAACAAACACUGAGAAAUGGUUUGAAAAAGUCAAAGAAAAGAUCGUCGAAAUGAAAGAAAACGACGAAAUAGAAGAAAAUCUGUGGCUCAUUGCCAACGACUCACAAAAGAACGGAAUCGUUGGUCUCGUUAAUUGCUUACGUCUGGAACCGGGAGGUGAGACAAUCCGAUGUGUCUUCGAUUACGACAAUUUGGCCAAAUCGGUCAACUUUAAGGAGAAGCCAUUCUCUGAUAUAUUGUCUAACGAUCUGCCAAUAAAUGUGUUGAAAAACGGAAAGAUCGGUACUUACAGACACUACACUCUGACUAAAGAUUAUGACAAAAAAGAGUCGACGGAAUACUUCCUCAAUGUUGGCCACAAUCGCGAUUUGGCUUCAUUGCAAUGGUAUGACCUCAAGAAUCUGGUGUCGGCUGAAGAAAGUUAUGACUUUAUCAAUUUGCCGGCAAAUAAGAUACCGUGCAAUAUAUACUGUGCCGGUAUGAACUUCAGAGAUGUCAUGUUUGCCACAGGCCGUAUCGCUUCGGGUCCUCAGAUGCUAUUCACCGAUUGUCUCAUCGGUUUCGAGUUUGCCGGACGUCGUAUUGAUACCGGAGAGCGGGUCUGUGGUUUCGAUAUGAGCAGAUGCUAUGCCACGUCUAUUGAUGUGAACUCAGAUUUAGUAUCACCCGUACCGGAUAACUGGUCGAUGGAAGAUGCCGUCACCAUACUGUCCACUUAUAGUACCGUAUGGUAUGGACUAAUUGAAAGGGCACAUAUGGUUAAAGGUGAAUCAAUUUUGAUACAUUCGGGCGCCGGUGGUGUGGGUCAGGCAGCCAUCAGUAUCUGCCAGUACUACGGCUGCGAUAUCUUUGUGACCGUCGGUACCGAAGAUAAGCGCAAAUUCUUGAUUGAAAAUUAUAAGAUACCUGAAGACAGGAUAUUUAGCUCAAGAAAUACUCAAUUCAAGUAUAGAAUUAAAGAGAUAACUAAAGGAAAGGGCGUCGAUAUGGUUCUCAACUCACUGUCCGGCGAUAAACUGGACGCCAGUUAUGAAUGUGUUGCCGAUUGCGGUCGCUUUGUUGAGAUCGGCAAAUAUGACCUACAAAUGAACAAACAGUUGGGAAUGUUUGCCUUCUUGAGAGACAUUUCGUUCAUUGGUGUGUCGGUCGACCAAAAACUUUAUCUUAAAAGAGGAUUCACUAAGAAGUUCUUUGAUUGGAUGCACGAAAACGCUACUAACGGUAUGAUACGUCCGAUCAAUAAGAAUGUCUUUGAGGCCGAAGAGAUUGAGAAGGCUUUCAGAUACAUGACUACCGGUAAACAUAUCGGAAAGAUUGUAAUUCGUAUGAGAGAUGAGGAAGAGGCCAAAGUGGCCAAAACGGGUUUCAAUCCGUCCAAGAAGUUAAUGGUCACCAGAAAGACUUAUUUCAACCCUAACAAGACAUAUAUCAUUACAGGAGGUUUGGGUGGGUUUGGUAUGGAGUUUAUCCACUGGAUGUUGUUUAUGGGCGCCCGUAGGUUUGUGCUCACAUCAAGAAAGGGCGUUAGAACUGAUUAUCAGAAAUUUGUUUUGGAUCGGUUGAAGGCAUUGGGAGGCAAAUUGAAACAAUUUGAUUCAAAAAUUGUAGUCUCAACUCAUGACACCAAUACUAGCGAAGGCACUAAACAGUUGUUAAGCGAAGCACAGAAAUUGGGACCAAUUGGUGGUGUUUUCCAUUUGGCUCUCGUACUCAACGACUGUCUCAUUGAAAACCAUACUUUUAAUAAAUUUCAAGAGACUAUUGAUUCUAAGACUAUGGCUUUUGAGAACUUGGAUCGCAUUACACGUGAAUUGAGUAUAGAUUUAGACUAUUUUGUUGUCUUCUCAUCCGUCGCUUGUGGUAAAGGAAAUGCCGGACAAUCCAACUAUGGAUACGCCAACUCUGUAUGUGAACGCAUAUGUGAGUCUCGACGUAGGGAUGGAUUGCACGGAUUGGCCAUUCAAUGGGGACCUAUCGGUGAUGUCGGAGUGUUGGCUGAGUCUGAUAUCAAUACAGCUUUAGCUGCUGUCGUUAAACAAAGAGUUACUUCUUGUUUAGAAAUUAUGGAUAAAUUACUUCAAACAGAUAACGCUGUGGUUUCUUGUAUUGUGAGAGCUAAACGAGAACUGAUGUCGGGAACCAAAGAGUCUAAACUUGUGAACCAAGUUUGGGUGGCACUGGGUAUCGAUCCCAAGAUUACACCCAAUCAUUUGACAUUAGGUGAGAUCGGUAUGGAGUCUAUGUUUGCGGUUGAACUGCAACAGGGAUUGGAGAGAGAAUAUGAUAUUAAAGUGACAUUAGUUGACAUCAAGAAUAUCACUAUCGGAAUGAUGAAAGACUUUGAAAACGGAAAGGUAGACGAAAUGAAGUCUUUUGCCGAUGAGAUCAAGAACUGUAGGGCUAAGCUCUGCAAAGUUAAGUUUGUCAUUCCCGCCGACUCUCACGUCAGACUAAACAGUGUAACCACUGGUAAACCCAUUUACUUUUUGCCACCACUGGAGGGCAUAUUUGCAUCGCUCGAAGGUUUGGCCGAUAAGAUUGAUAGACCAGUCAUUGGUCUUAAUUGGGUUAAAGAGAUGGAGAAAAUGGGUAAUCUUAAAGAGAUCAGUAGUUACUAUACUAAUCUGAUGAAAGUCUUGGAGCCUAAAGGAGAUUAUGAUAUUUUGGGCCACUUUUACGGUGCACUCAUUGCUGUAAAAAUGUUAAAGAAAGCACCGAUAGGUAAAUGUGUUAUCAUUGAUAUGCUUUCGGAAAUCAAAUUGGAUGAAGACAUGCUUACCAAUGACUACUUAAUUGAAUUGAUGUUGAAGUUUAUCACAAAAGACAUGCCUGCAGUUGUCAAGGCUAAGGUCAAGCGUGAUGUAGACUCUAAGUCGGAUGUGGCGACAAAGUUGGACAAAAUGGCGUCUGAAUUAAAAGAGUUUUGCGGUAAAAGUCUUGUGAGUCGAGACUUGGAUGAGAUUUUGAUGAAUUCAUUCAAACGCGCAAAACUGUUCACAACAUAUCGUAUACAUAUGAAGAACAAACAAAAGAAACUCAAGUAUAACAUCGGAUCCAAGUUCUUGACAAUGACUGGAAAGCUAUUGGUUUUGAAGCCUUUUGACUUUACGGAAGAUAAUUCAGCGGACAUUGUCAGCGAUAAGAUAAGGAACGCCUAUUUCCUGCCCGAAUCGGGAUUGGAAGGAAAGCUCAACUUCGAGACCGUUGAGGGCGCGGGUGAAGACAUAGAGUCACUGAACGCCAUCGAGAGGCUGUCCGGUGCUAUCAAUAAAUACCUCUCUAAGAAAUAAUUAAUAAUUUUUUUUAAAUAAAUAUAAGUAAAAUUUAUAGUUUUAUACUGAAUAUACAGUAUAUAAUAUAUGAAUGUUUGCACAAUUAUGUUGUAUGAUUCAGUAUCUAUUAGCACGUGCACCGUUAGUUGGCGCCAGUGAGCACGUGUGCA